GGGCUGGGAGGGCGCGGAGCGGGCCCGGGCCGGUUCCCGCGGUAACCCGUCCACAGGCCCCGCUCCCCCGCGUGGCGUCUGGCGUCGGCCGCCCGGAGCCGCUGCCGGGGCGCCAUGGCCGCGGCGGAGGUGGACCGCCACGUGGCCCAGCGAUACCAGCUGCAGCGGCGGCUCGGGAAGGGGGCCUAUGGGAUCGUGUGGAAGGCCGUGGAUAGGAGGACGGGGCAGGUGGUGGCCAUCAAGAAGAUUUUCGAUGCCUUCCGGGACAGGACGGACGCUCAGAGGACAUUCCGGGAAGUCAUGAUUCUCCGGGCGUUUGCGGGGCAUCCCAACAUCAUCCGCCUGCUUGCCGUGGUCCCGGCAGAGAAUGACCGGGACAUUUACCUGGUGUUUGAGUCCAUGGACACCGACCUGCACGCCGUCAUCCAGAAGGGCAGCCUGCUGGACGACGCCCACAAGCGCUACAUCUUCUACCAGCUCCUGCGGGCCACCGAGUCCAUCCACUCCAGGAGGGUCAUCCAUCGAGACCAGAAGCCGUCCAACGUCCUCUUGGAUGCCAGCUGCUCCGUGAAGCUCUGUGACUUUGGCCUUGCUCGCUCCCUGGGCGACGCCCCCGUGGGGCCUGAGGGCCAGGCGCUGACCGAGUACGUGGCCACCCGCUGGUAUCGAGCCCCGGAGGUGCUGCUCCACUCAACACGGUACACCCCCGGGGUGGACAUGUGGAGCUUGGGCUGCAUCCUGGGGGAGAUGCUGCGCGGGCGGCCCCUGUUCCAGGGCUCGUCUGCCCUCCACCAGCUGGAGCUGAUCCUGGAGACCAUCGGCCCACCGGCCACGGAGGAACUCUCCGCUCUGGGCUCCGACUACAGCGCCUGGGCUCUGCGCGGCGGCCCGCGGUCCGGGCCGCGGCAGACGCUGGGCAGCCUCCUGCCGCCGGACACCCCCCCGGAGGCCCUGGACCUCCUCGGGCGGCUCCUGGUGUGGGCCCCGGAGAAGCGGCUGCGAGCGGCGGAGGCGCUGCGGCACCCCUACGUGCAGAGGUUCCACCGCCCAGGCCCAGAGCGGACGUGCGGGGCGGACGUGCGGAUCCCCGAGCCCCAGGGAGACCGGCCGUCCGCGCGCGAGUACCGCCGCCUCCUCUACCGGGCGCUGGGCCUCGCCGCGGGCCGCGAGGAGCCGCGGGGGUGCGGGGCACCGGGGGCCCCGGGGCGCCCCGCCCAGACCCCCGCACCCCACCCCCGGCCCGGCCCGCACGGGGUGUGUGCCCCGCCGCCGCCCCGGUCCUCAGGGCCGGUGGGGGACGGGGGCCCCCGCCCUGAGCCCCGGCUCGAACUUCCCAUCCCGCAGAGACCCGCGGCGCCGCCCGCCCGGAGCGCCCUGCCCGCCGGGGCGCGGGCGCCGGGCGGCGGCGUGCGCGGGGGUCCCGCAGAGCCCGCCGGGGCGGGCGCGCUGCCCCCGCAGGGGGAGCCGGGCCUGCCCCAGGCCUCGCCGUCCCUGGCCUCGCAGGCCGCCGCCCAGGGGGCCAACCGAGUCCUGGUUCGCAGCCACCGAGCCAGGGACUGCGGGCAGGUUGCCCCCCGGCUGCCCCCGGAGGCUCCCGGAGCCCGGCCCGGCCGCAGGAUGUUCGGGUCCUGGGUCUCCCAGGGGGCUCAGGGCGCCGCCAAGGCCGCGCUCGGAGGCUACUCCCAGGCCUACGGGACCGUGGGGCGCUCGGCGCUGGGCCUCCUGCCUGCCCUCCCCAGACAGCCCGCGAGCCCCUCACCCCCCUGCCCGCUGGACCAGCGCCCUGGCCCCGGGCCGCAGGCCGCCUGCCGCGCCCCUUUGCAAAGCCCCUAAGAUGUCCUCCAAUAAAGCCCGAGUCUCA